GCGUAAAAUCGACGCGUGCCGAGAAUAGGAGAGGUGAAGGAGACCAGUCCGUUUCUCAUCCAGCAAAUGUCACCUGCUUAAAUUUCAUUCAUAUCUGAUCGGGGCUGAAAAUAACUGAAACCCUGCCUGGUUGUGAUUGUGUGACCUUGGAGUCUGUCCACCAAAUGAGGCCGCUCUCCACACUUCCGUCUUUCAGUGAAUGCCAGAGUUUUGUCAUGCUUUUCAAUCCCCAGGGUAGGGAUCAGGCACUCACAGCCCCGUGGUGAUGUGCUCUUAAAGAUGGGCUCCGGCCCAGCAUCUCUGAGGACCCGGUUGAUGAUGUAAACAAGCUUCCUCGGGACCGUACUGUUUCUCUCAAGGUAUCCGCUGCCCCUCAAUCUGGAGAUGAUGGUAUUGAUGACACCGAGCAUCUCGGAAUGUCCCCCAAUGAUAAAUUUUUCCCUCAUAAAGCAGUUAUGCGGGCAAUGCGACAUUUUGCAUAGUUGAUGUCCAAAGUGCAAGUAGAGCCAUCGGCCAUGGCCAACUCCCACGGGCAGCCUCAGCCUCCCGCCCGCUGGCCGCUCUGCAAGAUGCGGCUGCCCUCCUUGCAGAACUGCAUCAAGUUUGGCAUCAUCUUCUGCCUAGGCCUCCUGCUCUUGCUGGCCAACCAGGACACCUGCAUCAACAGCAGCAGCCAGCAGGCGGCCGUCCCAAAGCCCAUGGACCAGGUUGAUCAGUCCCUCCAGGUGAGAUCUCGCGACAUCCAGUACCAUGACGACUGCAUCGCCUCCCUCAGUGAGCAAGAGGAGAAGCACAACCAGGAGGUGGCGUCCCUGAAGCAGCAGAUCCGGGAGCUGAAGCGGGAGCUCAAGAAGCACCAGGCCGGUGGCACCCAGCAGGUGGAGGAGCCCCAAAAGUACAAGGAGGUGGAGGGCGGGAUACGGGCCCAGCGCUCCAGCGACGUGGACACCCACGAUGACCUCUCAGAUUUUGUCCGGCAGCAGAUGGCUAAGAUUGACAUGCACAAGCCGCUGCACAGCGAGUACGACGUGGUGCCGUUCAGCAGCCUCAACUCCAAGCUGGUCUACUCACUGGACAGUGGCCUGCCCCACCGUCCCUCCCAGAGACCACGGGGCGACAGAAAGGAGGACCUGGUGGAGGCUGUCUACUUUGCAAUUGAUAUUCUGAACAAGAAAAAGGACAACACUUUCAAUAGCUUUUCUAUUGAUAACUUCGUGGAUGGGAUAUUUAAAUCAGAGCGGACUAUCGGAACGUACUACAACCUAGUGUUUCGCGGUGCACAAGAAAACUAUUAUCAGAGUAUGGAGAUUUUACGGCCGUUCAGUCCGCUUCAGAAACUGCGGUCGCAGGUCAUAGACACAAAUAAAAUAUUAGUCAAUAUUAUCAUUCCGUUGUCGGGCAGAAUAGACAAGUUUAAGUCCUUCAUCGAGCGGUUUAAGUCUGUGUGCCUGGACAACAGGAUGCUUGUGUACCUGACAGUGGUGUACUUUGGCGAAGAAGGACUAAGUGAAAUCCAUUCAGUUCUCUUCAAUAUGGCCCACCAGUACAACUUCCACAGCUACAAGCUCAUACGCCUGAACCUCCCCUUUUCCCGUGGGCGGGGCCUGGAGGAGGGAGUGCAGAGCUGGGACGGGAGCGACGUGCUGAUGUUCUUCUGCGACGUGGACAUUGCGUUCACCAAGGAAUUCCUCGAGCACUGCCGGUACCACACCGUGCCCGGCAGGACGGUGUACUACCCCAUCGUCUUCAGCCUGUACAACCCGAAGAUCGUUCACGCUGUCAACGACGCCAUGCCCGACACCCCUCAGUUGGUCGUCCACCAGGAGGUGGGGUUCUGGAGGGAUUUCGGCUUUGGGAUGACCUGUCAGUACCGGUCAGACUUCCUGAGCAUCAAGGGCUUCAAUAUGGACAUCAAGGGCUGGGGGGGCGAAGACGUGGAUCUCUACCGGCGCUACAUCCAGUCGGACCUGAAGAUCAUCCGCGUGACCGAUCCCACCAUCUUCCACCUGUACCAUCCGAAAGAGUGCCAGAUGAACUUGACUGCCGAGCAGUACCGCAUGUGUGUCAUGUCGCGGGCCGUCAACGAGGCCUCGCAUACGCAGCUUGGUAUCCUAGCAUUCCAAAAUGAGGUCAAUAUGACACUGUUCCACAUGGGACAAGUUAAACACACCUGGUUGGGUGCAGCAGUUCAGCAGGGCCAGGAUAAAGUAUAGCCUACAUUUCCCUGAGUGUGUUAAUAGUGCAGUUUGGAACUGCAGUGUUUUGUAGGGUACAUUGAACUUUAUAAGAAUAAACAUAAAUGAGCCAUUCUAUAAACUCGGGGUCCAAAAAGUGUGACAUUUGUGUGUACCUGUUACACCUGACCUGUGUAAUUAGAAAUAUCACUGGCAGGUAAUUUGCAUUAAUUCAUCACUCUUGGAAAAUAGAUAAUGUGCUCUGAAAGUCUACAAAAUCAAAUGUCUGAUGUGACAGGGACACGACAGAAAUGGGACCCUUGAUUUAUAUAAUGACCCAAGUAUGUGAAAGUUCAAACCAUCGUUUCUCCCUAAAAGUUGUUAAAACUUAUUGCUCAAAUAAGAAUAAUUCACUCAAAUAUUUAUACUGGAUCAGAUGAAGUGUUACCUCAAGGUUCCAUGGAGAUGAUCUGACCUGAUUUGAUCUGCCAAUGGAGCUAGGAAUUGACUUCCAACGCGGAGACAAACUGUGUGUUGAUCUAUGCAUAUAAAGUUUAAAGAGCAGAUCACUUGUGAUUUAUCUGCCGUGAAGUGAAAUGAUUAAAUUGGAACCAGGCUCAGAUGUAAUAACCUUUGUCCUUUUGUAAUAUGGAAACUCUUAUGAACAGCCUCGGUAUGUAUGGAUUUUAUACAUAAACAUGAUCUUGUCCUGUUUUUGGGAGGAUUUUGUUUUAUGUUUGCUCAUGAUGGGCUGAUACCACUCCAGGGAGUUGAUGUGUCCAAUCAGGUGUACGUCACGUUGACGGGAUGUAUUGGUUAAAGGCUCUGUAAAUACAGUAAUUAUGAAUUCAUCAUGUACAACGGAGGGUGCUACUUAUCUCGCAGUGAUGUAAUGUCCCUUGGGCAGACAAACAGCAUCUCACACAGUCUGCAGACUACGUAUGUGUGACUUCUUUUUUUAGUGAGGGCAAACAGGGGCAUUUUGGUUGCUGCAUGGUCAGCAGAUGAAGACCCCGCCCACCCCCAAUUUUUUUGAGGGGGGCGUAAAAAAUUCAUGCAGUUCCUCUGUAAAGGAACCGCCUCAUAUUUUGAUAACUUUUAUAUUGGUGUUAAAGGAACCCACUACAUGUACUUCUGCUGUAUUGUGUACCGUUUUUCAGAUCACGGUCCCUUUUUGAUAAAAUAUGCGUUAUUCAGCUGAAAAUUUUGGGAAAUUUCAAUGUUCAUGUAAUUUUACUUGGCAGCUUCUCGAACACUAAAUAAUUGGUAAUACACUGAUUCAACGCUGUUAGAAGUGUGCAGUUAAUAGUGCUUUUGAGUUAGAUACACAGUCAUUAAAAACAUGCAUGCACUGAUGCAAAUGUAUGUGAAAAUGGCACUGAGGUAACGGCAGAGGAACAGUGUUCUAAGUAGGAGAGGGGGGCUAGUUGCGAAACCAUCAGGUAUCAGCCGUUAAUAGACUGAUCCAUUCAUCCCCACCCCAUAUAGGACCUGCAAAAAGGGGGAGGGGCAUGCCCCCAGUCAAAAAUGUGGGGGAGGGGGCACUCCCCCCACUCCAUUGCCAUUGUGCUGAGGUAAAAUGAAUUUAAAAUCUUUUUUCAGUUUGAUCAGUAUUAGGACAUGUUUUUGAUAACAUUUGUAGCUACACAUUCAGUUUUUGUUUUGUGUUCUGCUGCUGUAAAUAGCUGAGGCUGUUGACCAAAAUGGCUGACUCAGUCAUGGUUACCAUGGUUACUGGAAAACAGACAUAUUGCCUACAUGCUAAUGCCUCACUCAGUACCGAUUCACAGACUCAAUUGGAUUUUGGUAUGCAUGUUGGUGUCAUAGCCUGUUUAGAGCCUUGAGGAUUUAGGAGCAAUGCUGUAAUCAUUUCUGUCAUACCUUAUGCUAGAUCUGAUAAGGACAGAAUGUUCAAAGUGUGCAGUAUUUGUCAUGCUGCCUAGAGACACUCUUGUACAUCACCAGGAUGGUAAUAUAGAAAAAAAUGCGUCAAAUGCUUCUCGUGACAUGAAAUGUUCUCAUAAUAAAAAAAUUUUGUUCAACUUGUUUUGUUGCUUCAAGUCAGAAUUAACUGACAGUUCUGACAGAUUGACAGAAAGAAAGCUACAUGGUUUGUGUAUUAAAAAGCAUCUUAUUUAAACUUCAACUUACUUUAGUAUCAAUGAAAGAUUGCCCUAUUAAAGUUUAUUUUUACUUAAAACAUUAACUCACUUGUAUUUGGCCAAAGAAGCUACUUACAUCUGUUGCUUUCCAAGUCAGUUGCUGUGUAGCUGCUGUACUCUCUGUAAAACCUUGGACAUAAUUUCUGAUAUAAUUUUUACUUACCCUGAAAUGGAUUCUUGUAUUACCAUUGUAGAAAAAAGAUAUUUUAACGUUAUUUAUGACGAAACCUUUCUGUUCAAUUUUUUUUUCAAAAUGUUUUUUUGAGGUUAAACCUGGUUUGGCAAAAUGGUGCGCGCAAUUUUAUAUAACUUAAAAAUUUACAAACCUGCAAUAACAAUGUUAUAAAAAAUCAACAAACGUA